AUGGAGUUAAAUUUACAGCCUGAGAUGCUGCCUCCACCUCCCAAGACUAUUCCACUGGAUGUAGUUCCCAUCAGAAUCGUACCUCCAAAGGAAUCGCCGGUGAUGGAGACAGCGAAGCCUAAAGCAGCUCCGGUGGUCAGCCACCGGCCGGGUUUGAAAGGGAGAAGAGUUUGUUUAUUGACAAAUUUUUUCAAAGUCACAGUUGCCGGAGCUAUGGAUGACUUUUAUCACUAUGAUAUAUCGAUUUUUCGUGAAGAUGGGAGUGAGGUUAUUAGUAAAAAUGUUAGGAGGGCUGUGGUUGAGGAGCUCUCUGAGAUGUAUAAACAAGAGCUAGCUGGAAAAAGACUUGUUUACGAUGGAGCCGGAAGCUUAUUCACUCUUGGUCCACUGCCACAGAACAUUCUCGAGUUUUCUGUUGUUACGGAAGGGAAAAGUUUUCGUAAAGGCAGCAGUGUUGGAGGCUGUGGGAGCCCGAACGGGAAUGAUGAGAAGAGGCGGAAGCUCGUGUCUUGUUUCAGAACAUUCAAAGUGGUGAUGAGUUAUGUCUCUCAAAUCUCAAUGAAAUCCUUCAAUGAGAGAAGCUUGAGAGUGUUCAACACUAUUCUGCUGCAGCAAGCAUGUAGAAAGGGCUGUCUUGUGGUUGGCCAAUCGUUCUUUCUACACGAGCUAGCAAACUACAUCGACUUAGGUGGUGGCGUUCUUGGAUGUCGAGGUUUCUUUUCGAGCUUUAGGUCUCUUCAGGGUGGAUUGUUUCUGAAUCAUGAUGUGUCUAUGACAACAACCAUACAGCCAGGUGCAGUAGUGGAUUUCCUUUUGAGCUAUCAAAAUGUGAAAACUCCCUUCAACAUUGAUUGGAGUAAGGCAAGCCGAACAUUGAAGAAUUUGAGGAUCAGGGUGAAGCAUUUGAAUCAGGAGUUCAAAAUCAUAGGUCUAAGUGAAAGAUCUUGCAAAGAACAGAAAUUUCCUUUGAAGCUGAGAAGUGAAAGAGACAGUAAUUGCAGAAACCAAACUAUUCAGACAACGGUGUACGAUUACUUUGUUAGUACACGUGCCAUUUCACUGAGUUACAGCGAAAACUUACCUUGCAUCAACGUUGGGAAGCCUAAUAGAGCAAUUUUCUUCCCAGUCGAGCUUUGUUUUCUGGUUCCUCUACAACGCAACAAGAAUGAGUUAACCGUCUAUCAGAGAACUGCAAUGGUGACGAAAUCCAGCCAAAAACCAGAGGAUUUGCUCAAGAUUUUGACUGAUGUUUCAAAGAGGAUUAAGCACGAGGUUGAAACUGAUCCAGUGCUGCAAUCUUGUGGCGUUUCGAUCAACACUUCAUUAGUUCAAGCUGAAGGUCGUGUUCUUCCAGCUCCACGGUUGAAAAUGGGAAAUGGAGAGCAUAUUAUACCUAGAAAUGGAUGGUGGAACAGCAAAGAUAAGAAACUCCUGGAACCAAAGAAACUCGAGAAUUGGGUGGUGGUGAACUUCUCCACUGGCUGUAAUGUUCGGAAUCUGUUUAUGGAGUUUGCGGAAGUUGCCUCAGCUAAAGGAAUGGUUACGUGUCCUCCAGCGUGUGUUCUCGAUGAGAAUCCUAAAAAUAGAAAGAAACCGCCUUCUGUUAGAGUGGAUAUGAUGUUCCAGCAAUUGCAGUCGAGAUUCAAGCAGCGGCCACCAAAAUUCAUCAUCUGCCUACUUUCUGAUAAGAAGUUCUCAGAUUUAUAUGGUCCUUGGAAAAGGAAGACUCUCAUCGAGUUUGGAAUUCAGAAUCAGUGCCUCUCAACUAGCAAAAUUGAUGAGCUUUAUCUGAUCAAUGUGCUGCUGAAGAUAAAUAUGAAGCUUGGUGGGCUUAAUCAUGCUGUCGUCUCUGAAUUAACGCGAACCAUUCCGCUGGUUAGCAAGACUCCUACAAUGAUUCUUGGCAUCCAUGUCUCCCACGCUUCUUCUGGCCGAGCUGAGGCACCUUCCAUUGCUUCAGUAGUUGGCUCAAGAGAGUGGCCGAGAAUGUCAAGCUAUAGAGCUUCUCUUCGUGCACUUCCUCCGAAAUCCCAAAUGAUAGAUUCACUUUUCAAGCCAAAGUCUGAAAAGAUGGAUGCAGGCAUAAUAAGGGAGUUGCUGAAGGACUUUCACUCGAGCUCCGGGCAGAAAAAGCCGGCUCAAAUCUUAAUAUUUAGAAACGGACUGAGCAUAUCGCAGUUUAAGGAGUUCUUGAAUGUAGAAAUGGACCAGAUUCGUAAGGCAUGUAGCUUUCUUGAGCCGAACUGGCGUCCCAAGUUCACAGUUAUUGUGUCACAAAGGCGGCACCACACUAAAUUCUUCGAGGCUGAUGUGGGAGCUAACGUCCCUUCAGGAACUAUUGUUGACAGCAAAGUUUGUGAUGUUCAAUGUACUAAUUUCUACAUGUGUCCACAUUCUGCCAGGAUUGGGACAUCGAGGCCAACCCACUACCAUGUCCUGGUAGACGAAAUCGGCUUCACAUCAGAUGAUCUGCAGGAACUCAUUCAUUCUUCAUCUUAUAUGUUCCAGAGAUGCAGCAGGGCGAUAUCGGAAGUGGCUCCUGUUCGUUAUGCACGGCUAGCGGCUUCCAUGAUGUCGUUGGCCGUCAAGCCUGAAGAAAUGGCGAAUGCAUCCCACGGGUAUCAACUGCCGAGGCUGCACGAAAAUGUGGCCUCUUCUAUGUUCUUCAUCUGA